AUGGCGCUCGUCUCACUCAAAUCCCUCUUGCUGCCUCGACAGCAGCAACAACAACCAAGCGAUCUACCAGGCGAACGACAACGCCUCCUCGACAUCGAACGACACCCCUCCGUCUCCUCCAGCGAAACCACCACCUUCACCGACAAAGCCUCUCAAUCAGACAAGCCCUCCCUCCUCCGCUGCCGCAUCAACCCCCGCAUCAUCUCCGACGCAACCAUCGGCCUCUCAGACGGCCUCACAGUCCCUUUCGCCCUCACAGCCGGCCUCUCCGCCCUGGGAACCACGCGCCUGGUAAUCUACGCGGGCUUCGCGGAGCUCGUCGCAGGCGCAAUCUCCAUGGGCCUCGGCGGGUACCUGGGCGCGAAAGGCGAGGCGGACGGGUACUACGCGGCGUUGGAGGAGACCAAGGAGGUCGUGGCGAACGAUUCCGACCGGGCGUGUGCGAUGCUGCAGGGGACGUUCGAGCGGUACGCGUUUGCGCCGGAGACGUUGAAGGCGAUGACGGGUAAUUUGAGGGAGCAGCCGGAACUUUUUGUCGAUUUCCUUAUGCGGUUUCAGCAUCAGUUGACCGAGGCGGAUUAUGCGCCUUCGAGGGCGUAUGUUUCUGGUUUCACGAUUGCGUUGGGGUACUUUCUUGGUGGGCUGGUGCCGUUGUUGCCGUAUCUGUUCUUUGAGCAUGUUCGCGAGGCACUCUACUGCAGCAUCAUUGUCAUGGCGGUGGCGUUGUUCGUCUUUGGCUGGGUCAAGACUGCUCUGGUUGGAGAGUGCAGUAGUUGGGUCUGCUUCCAGAACGCUUUCCAGAUGCUCUUACUCGGAGGUCUCGCUGCUGGAGCUGCGAUGGGAUGCGUGAAAGCCAUUGGAGGAUGA